AUUGGAACUGAGGUCUAGGGAUGUUCUAUCCGGCCUCCACUUCCUCACACUUGCUGUAACUCAGGGCACAGUAACUAUUUAUUUUUCCCUGCCACCUGUCACAUUUACGAGGGGCAGUGGAGCGCGGCCGUGGGACUGUCAGCUUCGCCUGCUAUGCUGACCUCCAGCACUUGACCUUUCAAAGACCGCUAGAGAAAGACGCCCAAAGCUUCUUCCGGGAUCUUCCAGGGCCCGGUCCUUGGUCGUGGCAAGACCGAGGAGCACUUCCUAGUGGCUUGCAAGUUUCCAGCGGGGAGGACAAAUCUAACUGAACACUGAGGCCACCUCUCUGACCCUUUGGGAAGUGGCCGGAGGUUAGGAAACGCAUCACCGCGGCCUGCCGAGCCCAGAGGACUCGCCUCACAAACGGGGGCCCUCGCAAACAGGCGGGCCGCGCACGGGGCCAGGAUUGGAAGACCCGCCGGGUGCCCCCUCCCGGCCCCAGGCGGCGCGGCGCGGCAGGGCUGUGGGAGACUGCGCGUGCGCGCUGGGCGGCCGGUUCCGGAGACGACGUCCCCAGCCGCCUCCCGUCUCCCGCGACAGCAUGAAGACCGCCGAGGACGCCAGAGGAGUGCAUGGCGAGGGGCCGCGGAAGCUAGGCCUCUGCCUCCUCUGCGGCCUGCCCGCGGCAGGAAAAUCGACCUUCGCGCGGGCCCUAAGCCCCCGGUUACGGCAGGAGCGGGGCUGGGCCGUCGGCGUGGUCGCCUAUGAUGACGUCAUGCCGGACGCGUUCCUCGAGGAGGCGAGCGCGCGGCCGUUGGUCAGUACGGAGGGGGCGGGGCCUAGCCUGUGGUCGCAGAAGGACAUAGAGGGGCUCCACCUAAAUGCUGGACUGCCCCUUGUGUGGGAGCCAUCCCAAUGGAAGUUGCUUCGACAGGAACUGUUGAAGUACCUAGAACACUUCUUGUUGGCUGUCAUUAACGGGUGUCAGAUGUCUACCCCACCCAACAGGACUGAAGCCAUGUGGGAGGAUUUUAUAACCUGCUUAAAGGAUCAAGAUCUGAUAUCUUCUGCUGCCCCGGAGGCCCGGUCUUGCUAUCUCUUAACGAAGACUGCUGUUUCUAGACCUUUGGUUUUGAUUUUAGAUGACAACUUUUAUUAUCAAAGUAUGAGAUACGAAGUCUACCAACUGGCUCGGAAAUAUUCAUUAGGCUUUUGCCAGCUUUUUUUAGAUUGUUCUCUGGAGACCUGUUUACAGAGGAAUGGCCAAAGACCCCAGGCGCUGCCUGCCGAGACCAUCCACCUGAUGGGAAGAAAGCUGGAAAAGCCCAACCCCGAGAAAAAUGCUUGGGAACACAACAGCCUCACAAUUGAGAGUUCAGAAUGUUCUUCUGAAGCCAGCCUGAAGUUGAUCGAUUUAUUGCUUACUGCUUUGGAAAAUCCAGUAAAAUAUAUUGAGGACAAUGUGGAACAAAAGGAAGCAGACAGAAUCAUUUGUUCAACCAACCUUCUUCAUCAAGCCGAUCAGAUGCUCCGAAGGACUGUCUCUCAGACGAUGAAGGAAGCAAAAGAGGAACGAGUGCUUCCUUUCAACUUGAAGCUUCUAGCAGAAGAACUCAACAAGCUCAAAGCAGAGUUUUUGGAAGACCUAAGACAAGGAAACAAAAAGUACCUGUGCUUUCCAGAAACCACCAAUGUAUCAGACGCUAUUGCUUUUUUUCAUCAUGAGAAAGAUAAUAUUGUCCAGAAAUAUUUUUCAAAGCAUUAAAACUUUUGAACUUACAAUCAAAUAUCCGAUUUUGGUUGAGUUUGCAAAAUAAAACCAUUUUGCAUUACUGGA